AUGUCCGAGUGCCGGCGCUCGGUGUUGUCGUGCGCGAGGUGCCGCCGGCGAAAGAUCAAGUGUGAUCGUGCAAUUCCUUGCGGCCAAUGCGUCACCGCAAAGACGGCUUGUACAGGCUACAGCUCCAAAGAUCAGGAUCCAAACAUUCCACGCAGUAUCGUCCAGCAUCUUGAGUCUGAGCUUGCAAAAAUCGAGGCGGAACUGGCAAGCAAUGGUCACCUGGAGGACCUCAACGCCUCUGAUAUCCUCGUGGGCAUGCCCACCACAACUACCGGCCUCCACAUCGAUACCAGUCAGCCCCCACCAAAUCAACUGCCUCCAAUACUGUCUCCUAUCACGAGAAGGGAUAGCCAUCGUCACAGUAUUUCUGCUCUGACGGAGCCCUCACCCGUCACGCCAGUAGCUCACAGAGAACGAGAUGCUGUCCGAGACGAGGCCAUGAAAAGUGACGAGAUCCAAGCCAUGAUAUUCGCGAUCCUCCCGUCUGGACCUGGAAUCACCGACCUCGUGGCCCGAAUACGUAUGAGUCUAACGCCAUCGAAAGCGAUGACAACAGAGAGCCCACGAGGCAUUCGUCGGAAGUCUGUGUCGAGGUCGCAAACCGAGGUCACCUGUGCUAUUCUUCACAGCAUUCCGCCCAACAUCGUCCGGAGCUUGAUAAAGAAAUAUAUGAGCAAGGUCUAUCCUAUCUUCCCGAUCCUGUACGCUCCCGCUCUCUGGCAACAACUCGAUACUGUCUUAUCAACGUUGCAAGCACUACCUGAUCGCUACCUUCGAUCGGUGCCUCCAUCAUACGACUUCCUUAUCAUAUACCUCAUGCUGGCGGUAUCGGCAACGCUAGGCAGCUCAAAGACCGGUCACGAAGCCAAACAUAUGAUGUUCUCGGGGUCUCUUUUCGAAGAGGGCAUCCAGCACCUGUCCGCAAAUUCUAAGAUACCUUCAGAUCUCGCCGGUAUUCAGGUAACAUUACUCAUUCUCCAGUACGCAUCCAUAAACCCUCGCUUAGCCAACGUAUGGAUGUUGACCGGAGCGGCAAUGAGAGCUUGUCUCGAACUUGGGCUCCACCGAGAGGCUCCUGAUGCGUUGGCCUUCGAUAAAGUCACCCUUGACCUUCGGCGUCGCAUCUUCUGGUCAGCCUACAUGUUCGAUAGAUCCAUUUGCUCUGCUCUACAACGCCCUGUGUCCAUCCCUGAUCAGACUAUCGACGCACACUUUCCUUCAAUACUGGAUGAUAGACACAUCCACCCAACGUCUGUCGACUCAACGGGUACCCAGACCAAGAUACAUAUGCUUCGCUGGUGCCACUUCAGGCGGCUUCAGUCAGUCAUGACCGAGGUUCACUUCCAAGGGAAACCACUUGACCCCGGGCAGACGUGGGAGGAUUGGCUGAUGCUUAUGGAAAGUCGUCUCCAAGCGUGGUCCGAAGACUACAACAACGGGCAUGAAUUGACGGAAUUUACACUGGCCCACGGUCUGACGAAUCUUCAUCGUCCAUCGCCCAGAAUGCCCAUGCCAUCUCCGCGGAGUCUGAUGGUCGCUUUUGAGGCCGCCUGUCAAUCUGCAAAAAGCCUGCGAGAACACAUUCUGAGUGGCUUCUAUCGCAGAUCGUGGCUGAUUGCACACCACGUGCUAGAAAACUCAAUGGUCGUUCUCUUUUGUCUGCGUCAUGGAUUCGACACAAUUUCCGCCCGCUUCGAGGCAUCCGAAAUUUUUGAGAUGACUAAAGUCUUCACGGCGAACUUUUUAUCGCUUGCUGCCCAGGGCUGGAAUGAGGUGUCGAACUAUGCAGGCGUCUACGAAAGACUGCUCGGCCCCCUGCUAGAGUCUGUGUUCUCUGGGCGAUCACCCUCGCUGACUUCGUUCGGACCUGCUCAGGAUUCGGAGCUAACACGCUUACUAUAUCCUGGCACGGCCCAGCUAGACAAGCUUCGCUUCGGACGCACCUACAGCAACGAAGAUCUUCCGUCUUUUGACAUGGCUUCGAUAAACUGGGAGGACUUCAGUGUUAGUGACGGGCCCCAGACCGGGGAGUUCGUUGGUGGUUGGGAUCUACUCGAGUCCGUGAACCUGCCGCAGCAGGACGCCGUGUUCGGCAUGGCAUGA